CCGCCACGCACGCACACACACGCGCCGCUCCGCGCCGCGCCAGGCGUCUUUGGACUGCUGCAACUCGUCGCGUUUGUGGAAUUGGUGCGAUCGCACGUCCCGUCCAAACAGUUCAAACUGCUCCUCACAGUCGCCGUCGUCGUCGUAUUCGGUCUGGCAUUCUCGGCGCUGGUCGCGUUGACGUAUGGAGGGUACAUUGCACCUUGGACGGGCCGAUUCUACAGCUUGUGGGAUACGGGCUAUGCGAAAAAGCACAUUCCAAUCAUCGCCUCUGUAUCCGAACAUCAACCUCCAGCCUGGCCAGCAUUCUUUUUCGACCUCGAGAUGUUGAUCUUUUUGUUUCCUGCGGGGGUCUACUUGCUCUUUAGGGAGCUGCGCGACGAGCACGUGUUCGUCAUCUUGUACGCCGUCAUGGCUUCCUACUUUGCAGGCGUCAUGGUUCGCCUCAUGCUCACCUUGACGCCAGUCGUUUGCGUCGCCGCUGCCGUCGCCGUCUCCACCUUGCUGGACACGUAUCUGGACCCGCACGAGCCGGAAGCGCCCGCAGAGCAGGCCGAGCAGUUGUCGAGGGAGUCUAUCGCGAGCGCGAGCGCGAAAAAGGACACCCGGCGAGAGACGCCGCGCGUGUCACGCUCGCCCGCCCACGCACCCGCCCCCGCCGUCUACGGUCUCGACACGCGCAUCGUCGUCACCAUCUACACACUCCUCCUCCUCCUCGUCUUUGUCCUGCACUGCACAUUCGUCACUUCCACGGCCUACUCUUCGCCAUCCGUCGUGCUGGCAUCGCGCAAUCCAGACGGUUCGCAGCACAUCAUCGACGACUUUAGAGAGGCGUACUAUUGGUUGCGACAGAAUACCGCUACGGACGCCAAGGUGAUGAGCUGGUGGGAUUACGGAUAUCAGAUCAGCGGCAUGGCGGAUAGGCCUACGCUCGUGGACAAUAACACGUGGAACAAUACCCACAUUGCCACGGUCGGCAAGGCGAUGAGCAGUCCGGAAGAGCGGGCUCUGCCCAUUCUCCGCAAACACGACGUCGAUUAUGUGCUCAUCAUUUUUGGCGGACUGUUGGGUUAUUCGGGAGAUGAUAUCAACAAGUAUUUGUGGAUGAUUCGAAUCGCGCAAGGGAUUUGGCCCAACGAGAUCAAGGAGAGCGAUUUCUUUACGCCGCAGGGGCAAUUCAAGAUUGACGAUGGAGCGAGUCAGACGAUGAAGAAUAGUCUCAUGUACAAGAUGAGCUAUUACCGCUUCAAUGAGCUGUAUGGCGGUAGACCGGGUAUGGACAGGGUGCGAGGAACGCAGACUGCGAGCGUCGCGCCGCAGUUGGAUGUGCUGGAUGAGGCUUUUACGAGUUCGAAUUGGAUUGUCCGAAUCUAUGCCGUCAAGCCAGAGGAUCCACUCGGAAGAGAUCUCGUAUCCGCCAAUGCAUUCGAAAAGGGCAAACGCAGGAAACGCGAGGCGGGAAGCGUCAAGGGCAAGAAGCGUGCCGAGAAGCGCGUCGCGUAG